CUGGAAGAGCGCCCCUCUCCGCCCUACACCUGGAGCCUUGCUAGAAAGAGAACAUGGUUGCACGCUAGCCUCUAGCGCCAAGCCAUCUCUAUUCGUCCCCCUGGAAAAGGAAGACGUCCCUGCAUUGGAAUUUGGAGUAGGUAGAGUGAAGGGCGUUGCUGUAUGAGUCUUCACUGUCAACUUGGCUUGUAUGCAUGCUUGUUGGCGGGAAGAGGCGGAUGAGUGAUAGGGAACAGCGUCAGCAGGCCACGGUAACGGAAGCAGCUCAUGCAUUGAUUCCAUCUCUCUAUCUGACAUAGGUGAUUUAAGGAGAGGAAAGAUGAAGGCAGAGCAGACGGGGAGCAGAAUGGGCCUGCAGGGCCUGUUUGCGCACAGGCGCCCUGUUUUUGGUCCCUCCAGGGGGGGGCUGGAUGAGCUAGCUGCCUUCGAAGCAGGCACUGAGACGGCAGUUGCGCUCCUCAAGGAUAUGGUGCGUGACCCUAGCUCCACCUUGAAAGACAUGAGCAAGCAUUGGAAGACGGCGCAGGUGCAUGCCAAGAAGAACUUCAAGGAGAUUCGACAGAAAGCGGGGGACUCGGUGGCGAUGCCCGAUCUGCAAGGAGCGCGACCGCUGGCUGAGGAUUGGCCGACCACUCUGCAAUUGCCGUGGAAGCACACGAGGGAGCUGCCCUAUGUGCAGGAGCUAGAGAAGAACUUGGAGGCGGUGAACAGGAACCUGAGAGAGUUUGGGCAGAUGGCGGGAGCAAGAGUGGAGCAGGACGGGGUGUUGUCGCUGCCGAACUUGAGCUUUGGCCUGAAGAAAGCGCCAACGGUGAGAAUCCCAGGAAGGGGUUUUGGAAAAAAGAGGGUUGCGCUGGGGCCGCGCCACCCGUGGGGGCUAGAUCUGGUGGAUGCAGACCAGCCUCUGUUUAGAAAGCUCAAAGAGAAGAGCCGUGCGCUGUCGUCCAACAAUCUACAAGGUGCAUUGGAGGAGUUUAUCAGCAAGAUUGAGAGCCCCAAGACGAGCAUGCGGCGCUCGCGCUCAGAGUCGGAGCUGCGGGAAAAGAGAAAAGGGUGGCGGGAUCUAGGGUUGAGGGACGAAGUGAGGCCGUUGGAGGAGUGGGACCUGUUCAAGAAGGUGAAGAAGAAGCUCAACGAGUUUGAGCUGAGUGCGGCGCAGAGCAUCCAAGAGAUCCAAGACGAGUCGCGAGCAAUGACCAAUGAGUGCUUGGAGGAUUUGAAGAAGAAUGUGCAGAGCCUGGCGGUUGCGCCCCCUCUGCGCAAGAAGAGAAAGGCGGCCAAGGGAGCCAAGCGUGAGAAGGAAGGUCCUCGGGGGUUGGACGUGCCCGCUCUAGAGGCGUCAGAGGUGCUUGAGAACCUUGUGCGGGAAGCGGAGCCCAUCUUGGAGCAACUAGGCGUGAGCGAUGCUAAGGGCAAAACGGACAAGGUCUGCGGCAUGCUCCGCCAAUGGCGCAAGAAGCCCCGAGUCCUCAGCCCCACUUCCGCACAACUCUCCAGCAACCCCGUGGAAACCGAAACCCUUGAUCAGCGCCUUGCGUCAGUUGCUGAAAGCACCGGGUACCAAUGGAAGGGGGGCAUGUGGGAGGAGCGGCGGGGGUCGGGCUCGCGGACGUCGACGUCGGUCUCGAUGAAGGACGUGGACAAGAUUGCGGUGGUGACAACUGCGGCGCUGCCUUGGAUGACCGGGACGAGCAUAAACCCGCUACUGCGCGCGGCAUUCCUAGCGAAGGCCAACAAGCAGGUGACGUUGGUCGUCCCGUGGCUUUCGGAGAGCGACCAGGAGCUGCUGUACCCCAACAAGCUCAAGUUCGAGACGCCCGCGCAGCAGGAGAGCUACGUGCGCAACUGGCUCGAGCAGCGCGUUGGCUUCAAGUCCGACUUCAAAAUCCGGUUCUACCCGGGCAAGUACUCCACUGAGAAGCGCAGCAUCCUGGCGGUCGGUGACAUUACGCACUUCAUCCCUGACGGGGAGAGCCAGGUGGCGGUCCUGGAGGAGCCUGAGCACCUCACGUGGUACCACCACGGGAACAGCUGGACCGACAAAUUCGACCACGUGGUGGGCAUCGUUCACACCAACUACCUCGAGUACGUCAAGCGCGAGGAGAACGGCGAGAUGCUCGCCUUCUGCCUGCGCCACAUGAACAACUUGCUCGCACGGUCCUACUGCAACCGCGUGAUCCGCCUCUCGGGCGCGACGCAGGAUUUCCCCAAGAGCACGAUUUGCAACGUGCACGGCGUCAGCCCCAAGUUCCUCGAGAUCGGCGACCGCGUCUCGCAGGCAAAGCGCGCGGGCGAGCCGACGUUCUCGCGGGGGGCGUACUUUUUGGGCAAGAUGGUCUGGGGGAAGGGCUACAGGGAGCUGGUCGACCUGCUGGGAAAACACAACGACGAGUUGGGCCUGAAACUGGACGUGUAUGGGAACGGCGACGAUCAGGAUGCGGUCCACUCUGAAGCCAAGGCCCGUAAUCUGCCGGUGACGUUCUACAAGGGACGGGACCACGGAGACAAGGCGCUGCAAUACUACAAGGUGUUCAUCAACCCGAGUAUGUCGGACGUGGUGGCCACGACGACUGCGGAGGCGCUCGCGAUGGGCAAGAUCGUGGUGUGCGCGGAGCACCCGAGCAACGACUUCUUCGCGCGCAACUUUGCCAACUGCUGGACAUACCGUACCGAGGAGGAGUUCGUGCAGAAAGUCAAGGCGGCAAUGGCGAGCGAGCCCGCCCCAAUGACCCCCGAUCAGCGCCACCUGCUCUCCUGGGAAGCCGCGACCGAGCGUUUCCUCGAAGCCGCGGAACCGGUUCUCGACCCGGCCGCGUCCGCCGGGCGCCGAAUGGCCCGUCUCCCGGGCACUCUGAGCCUCUCCGGUUUGGGCGGGAGCAACGUCACGUGGGAAAGUAUCCAGGAUAAGGCCCUCGCGUGGUUGUUGUCGGCGGGGAAUGGGCUCGAAGUGCUGCGGAGGGCCGGCGGGGGGAUCCCGGAUACGAUGCACUGUACGCCGGAGCUGUACCGGGAGCUUGGGGUGGAUCCGGUGCAGUUGCAGCGGCCGGUGUUUGGGCUGUAGAGGAAGACCGGGGGAAAAGAGGGACUUAGGAAGUACGAAGAGGUGACGAAAAGGAAGGAACUGUGGGGUAUCGAAAGGGUGGGGAGGAAGGAGGGGAGCGGAGAAGAGGGAAUUUGAGGAGUUCCCUGGUGCGAAGAAGAUUGCAUCGCAACUUGGGGGGUUGGGGGGCAGGGAGAAGGUCGUCCGCCAGCUGCGGCAGAGGGCGGAAGGAUUUUCACAAGAUGAUUUGCCAGAAUUGCCGGGGCAACUGCAAGGAGGGUUGUAACCGCGGGGGGUGGAGGGCUGUAUGGAGACCACAAUUACACGCCAACAUUGAUAUAAGAAUGUGUGAUACGGCCAGAGCGCAGCGUGCGAAUGGAGUAUGGGUCUAGUGAACAAUCGAUGCGGUGUUCAGGGCGUAAAUUUGUUACGGCGUUUUGAAUAAAGAGGAUUGGGUGACGAAUAGUGAAUGCCAAGGCUGCCCAUGGGAGCGCUGAAGCCGAGUCAGGAAACAAAGUAGGUCGACGCGUAAAGCCAAGGUCCUCGUGUGUUUGUGUGUGUGUACAGCUGGCGUACAGUCUGUACAGCGAGAACAUAGUGUACGCCCAAAGGGGCUUUCGUGUUGAUUUUUGUAAGCAACCAGAUGGUACGCGUCCAAAGCAGCAGGUCGACUUUGUGAGUCCUAGUUUCAAGCAAUAAGGCAGCAAUAAAACGCGACUUUGACUGUGCUUCAAGUACUGUUUUAGAUUGUGCGGUAAACAGAACGAUUUUGUGUGUUUUCAUCGAUCCUUGCAAAGAGACUAAGUAAAACCUGC